AAUUCAGGAACGGCUUUGUCCUUUCUCUCUCCAACUUUCUCUCGCUUCUUGCGAACACAGCACGGUGUUACGAAGAAAAGUCGCAUCACGAACCUUCUUAGAAACCUCGCGGAUUCUUCACGAUCCCGCGCUUCACGCCUCUUUCUCCCUUCCUUUUUGGAAUGGGAUUGAAAUCCUCCUCGCUCUUCGAUUUCGAGACUCGCCACCGGAGGUUUUGCUUUUGGGCCGACGCCUUCUGAAAAAAAAAAAUAGCGAGUUAGGGUUUUGAUUCGAUCUUUUUAGGUUCUUGGCGAUGAUGUCAAACGAGGAAUUCGAUUACUCGUACCUAUCGGACGACGACGGAGACGUCGCCGAUGACGAUAAGCUCUGCAUCGAUCUGGACACAGUUAUGAGCGUUCUGGACGAGGACGCCGAUCCUUCCGAGAGUAGUCCUGAGGAUUUUUCAUUGAAAAAUAUUUCUCCCGGUGAAUCUGGCAUCCAUGAUAAUUUUCUACUUCAAAAUGGGAAUUCUGUCCUUGAAUGUGAACAUGAAAACCAGGGACCUUCAUCACAGACUUUUUCAUCCCCAAAUGCUCUUGCUGGUGGUUUCAGGGACUCCUCCAUGCUUGAAAGUGAUGAAUUUUGCUUCACAGAAAUGACAGGAGUUUCUAAUUGUGAGACACCUGCUUACAUUGCAGACAGAAGGUUCCCUGUUCCUGAGGCGAAUUCAAGCAGCGUAGCUGUCUGUGGAGAUAAUUUGAACCUGCCUCUGUGGAAGUGUGAAAAUGACAGCCAAAUCAAGCAUAUAGGAUAUGAUGCACAAUCUGAACAUGCUUCACAUGGUUCUAUCAUUGAAAAUAUUGACUUAAAUUUUGGAGAUUAUGAAACCUAUAUGGAAGACAUUAUUGGACUUUCUGGUAAACAGGAAAAUGACUCGUGUACAUCUUUUGAAAUGUCGUUUGUGGAUGCUGAUAGAUCUUCACGUGUUGCAACUUCAACUGAUUCUUCUAUUUGUCAAGGUUCCAAUGUUCCCAAUGAUUUUAGUGACUAUUAUCCAUCUUUGAAUUGUUACCAAGGUAUGGAUGAUAGACCUGUUGUUGCCAACAGUUCUGGUUGUUUGCCUAAUGGUGUUUAUCCUCAUGUGCGGAAAAAUGAAGAAAUGGUGAGGAACAUGAAGGUUGCUAAAAUGGAGUUAUUUGCCGAUACAAGUAGUGGCAUGCAUUCCAGCAUUAAUGGUGGAAUAUCUUUUCAAGAUAGUCAAUUUAGGUUUGCAGAUAGUAAAUAUGCAUCAUCUUUUCCUGGUAAUGUUCUAUUUGAAGACAACGCGUCAGUGGAACUUUCAACUUGUGGUUCAUAUAUUUCAAGAGAAGGCCAAUCACUUACUGUCAAAGCCGAAAGAGAUGAACUGAUUAUGCCUUACCAAAACUCUGUUCACAGUGAUGAUGCUGAGUUCAAUGUAGGUCAAGAGAUGAAACAACUACCUGGUAUUUUCCCUGCUGUUGGAUGUCAGGGUAAUGAUUUCUUUAAGUGCAGGGAUAAGGUUACAAUUGUAACAAGUCAGAAAGCCAAAUAUUAUCAAGAUGGUAUUGAUGGAGCUGCCAAUAACUUUCAAGCAAACAUGGGAAAUUUGAAUUUAAAACCAUUAGACAAAUCUUUGUAUAAUGCCCAGAUAUCUAUUGCCAGUGGGAAGCAGUAUAAUUGUGUUAUGAGUGAAGGAGAGGGCAAAGCAAUUGAACAUAGAAGUAUUGAUUCUCAGCUUUCAAAAGGAAGCAUUGAGAGAUCCAUUAUUGAGGAUGAUUCUGAUGUUUGCAUUAUUGAAGACAUCAGUCACCCUGCACCUAUAAGUCGAUCAACAGUGCUUGGGAAUUCCCUUAUUACAUCACAAUCUUCUAGAGGUGGUUAUACACAUUCUUAUAUGGUGGGAAGUAUGGGGCCCAAGGCGCGUGACGAGCAGUACAUAUUACGAGUUGCAUUGCAGGAUCUAUCCCAACCGAAGUCAGAGGUUAGUCCACCAGAUGGUCUGCUGGCAGUUCCUCUUUUACGACAUCAGAGAAUUGCUUUAUCAUGGAUGGUUCAGAAGGAAACAUCAAGUUUAUACUGUUCUGGGGGAAUUCUUGCAGAUGAUCAGGGUCUUGGGAAAACAGUGUCGACCAUUGGUUUAAUAUUAAAGGAAAGACCUCCAUUGCUGAAUAAGUGCAACAAUGCCCAAAAAAGUGAAUUAGAAACUUUGAAUCUGGAUGCAGAUGAUGAUCAGCUUCCUGAGAAUGGCAUAGUGAAGAACGAAUCUAAUAUGUGUCAGGUGUCUAGUAGAAAUCCAAACCAGAACAUGAAUUUGUUAUUGCAUGCGAAGGGAAGGCCAUCUGCAGGAACCCUUAUUGUUUGUCCAACUAGUGUCCUGCGGCAAUGGGCUGAGGAGUUGCACAAUAAGGUAACCUGCAAAGCAAAACUCUCUGUCCUAGUAUAUCAUGGAAGCAAUCGAACCAAAGAUCCUCAUGAGCUUGCCAAGUAUGAUGUUGUUCUGACGACUUAUUCAAUUGUCAGCAUGGAGGUUCCUAAGCAGCCUCUAGUUGACAAAGAUGAUGAAGAAAAAGGAACUUAUGAUGAUCAUGCAGUAUCAAGUAAGAAAAGGAAAUGCCCUCCUAGUUCUAAAAGUGGAAAGAAGGGAUUGGACAGUGCGAUGCUUGAGGCUGUUGCUCGUCCUCUUGCAAAAGUGGCUUGGUUUAGAGUUGUCCUGGAUGAGGCCCAGAGUAUAAAGAAUCACAGAACUCAAGUUGCAAGGGCCUGUUGGGGUCUUCGAGCCAAGCGUAGAUGGUGCUUGUCAGGGACUCCUAUCCAGAAUGCAAUUGAUGAUCUCUACAGUUACUUUAGAUUUUUAAGAUACGAUCCUUAUGCUGUGUACACAUCAUUCUGUUCCACAAUUAAGAUCCCUAUCAGCAGAAGUCCAUCAAAAGGAUACAGAAAGCUACAAGCUGUUUUAAAGACAAUAAUGUUACGUCGGACAAAAGCCACACUUCUUGAUGGGGAGCCUAUCAUUUCCUUGCCACCUAAAUCUGUGGAGUUGAAAAAAGUGGAAUUUUCACCGGAGGAACGAGAUUUCUAUUCCAGACUAGAGGCUGAUUCGCGAGCACAGUUUCAGGAAUAUGCUGAUGCUGGAACUGUGAAGCAAAACUAUGUUAACAUUUUGUUGAUGCUUUUGCGCCUUAGACAAGCAUGUGAUCAUCCUCUCCUUGUCAAGCGUUACAAUUCUAACUCUCUCUGGAAAUCCUCAGUUGAGAUGGCAAAGAAGCUUCCUCAGGAAAAACGAUUAUGUCUUUUAAAAUGUUUAGAGGCAUCAUUGGCCCUCUGUGGUAUCUGUAAUGUUUCUAUGCAGGACCCUCCUGAAGAUGCUGUUGUUUCAGUUUGUGGUCAUGUUUUUUGUAACCAGUGCAUUUGUGAAUAUCUUACUGGUGAUGACAAUCAGUGCCCUGCUCCAAACUGCAAAACUCGACUAAGCACGCCUUCAGUGUUUUCCAAAGUCACACUGAAUAGUUCUUUUUCUGAUCAGCCUUGUGAUAAUUUGCCUGAUUACUCUGGUUGUGAAGUGGAGGAAUCUGAGUUUUGUUCUCAGGCUCAGCCAUAUGAUUCUUCAAAAAUUAAGGCUGCACUUGAGGUGUUGCAGUCGUUGUCUAAACCACAAUGCUUUGCUUCCCAAAACAAUUCUGUGCAGAGCACUUCUGGGGAAAGUACCGAUGGCCUUGGUAGCUCCUCGAGUGCUGACAGAAUGAAAUCCUUGAAUGAAAUUCCUGAGAGUCAAAAUGUGCUUGAGGAGAGAAGCUCUAAUAAUUCAGUUGGUGUAGGGGAGAAAGCUAUAGUGUUUUCUCAGUGGACAAGGAUGCUAGAUAUACUUGAAGCAUGUCUUAAGAAUUCGUCGAUCCAGUAUAGAAGACUGGAUGGAACAAUGUCAGUCACUGCAAGAGAUAAAGCUGUUAAAGAUUUUAACACUCUCCCUGAGGUUUCAGUUAUGAUUAUGUCUUUAAAGGCUGCUAGUCUUGGUCUGAAUAUGGUUGCUGCCUGCCAUGUUCUUAUGCUAGAUCUAUGGUGGAAUCCUACAACUGAAGAUCAGGCAAUAGACCGAGCACAUCGAAUUGGACAAACUCGUCCUGUCACAGUUUUACGGUUAACUGUUAGAGAUACAGUUGAAGACCGUAUUUUAGCUCUGCAGCAAAAAAAGCGAAAAAUGGUUGCGUCUGCCUUUGGAGAGGAUGGAACUGGUGGUUGUCAAAGUCGCCUUACAGUGGAUGAUCUAAAAUACUUGUUUAUGAUGUGAUUAGACAUAUAUCCAUACAGAUAUAUAAUUUUAAUUUUUUGGAUUGGUGAUUUUUUUUUUCUGGGAGCAGGUGUCAGUGGGUUGUUCUUUUUGGUGGAAGCAGAAGAAACAGGGUGCUGAAAAUUUUGUAGCAUGGCCUCUGUUGACACUCGACAUGAAGAUUAUAUGAAUUGUCUUUUAUAGAGAGAUGAUUCAAUUGUUUACCUUGAAAUUUUGUUUUAGUUGUUAACAUUUGUAUAGGUUGUAGAGAGUAGUAGCAUAGACAGAAACAUAGAAAUUGUGCUCAUUGUAAAUAUUAUAGAUAGAUAAUAUCUCUUUUCCUUUUCCAAUCUUAAUCUAUUUCGUUUCUUUUAAUUUUCAGGUGGUUUUGACUUUUCAUUUUAAAGUGAACCUUCUGAUAAUAAAGUGCACUUGUUGAAUUUCAA